UCCUGUGAAAUGUCUUAUUGCAGAUGCAAUGAGAAUGAAGAUGGACACCAACAGUUGAAGUGCUUCUUCCAAGACCAGGACCUCUGGGAAGAUAAAGGCUUGCAGCUGCAAUUCUCUCACCAUUUCUAUAACAUGAAGCUCCAUCAUGUAGUGACACUUGUUGUGGCUGUGGAGAAGCUGAAGUCUAGUAUUCUAGUCCCUGACUCAGAGACCUUCGAAGAUGAUGACCUCAGAGGAAUCUUUUCCAUUAUCUUUGAAGAAGAACCCAUCUUCUAUGAUGACUAUGAUGUUAAUUUUGAGUGUGAUGCUCCCCUGCCAUUGAUACAAUGCAAAAUCCGGGACAUAGAUCAAAAAUGCCUGGUGCUGUCUUCUGCAUAUCAGUUGCAUGCUCUUCACCUCACCACAGAGUCUUUGAACAAACAAGUUGUGUUCAACAUGAAUUUUGUGGAAGGAGAAGACAAUGAAAACAAGAUUCCUAUAGCUUUGGGCCUCAAGGAUCAGAAUAUGUAUCUGUCUUGUGAAAUGCAAGGUGGGAAGCCCACUCUGCAGCUAGAGAAGGUUGACCCUAAUCAUUACCCCAAGAGGAAAAUGGAAAAGCGAUUCAUCUUCAACAAGACAGAAAUCAAUGACAAAGUAGAAUUUGAGUCUGCUAAGUUCCCCAAAUGGUAUAUAAGCACCUCUCAAGCUGAACAAAUGCCAGUCUUCCUGGGAAAUACCAAAGGUGGCCAGGAUAUCACUGACUUCGCUAUGGAGACCCUCUCACCCUGAGGAGCAUCACUCCCAGAGCAUCAGCAGGUGCUUCAGUGAGUUUUUCAACAUGACUAUGGGCAGAAUUCCACGGUUGUCUCAUGGUACCCAGAUGACUUUCUCUGUAUGAAUGCUAGGGAGAUCUCCUGCCCACAGACACAAGACAAGCCCCUCUGCUCAGGGCCAAUCCUUAGACCUCCCUUCCUGAUCCAGUAAUCUCUCAUCUCUCUCCCUCACUCCAAGUCAGUCUAGGAGAAAUCAUUGUACCUGAACUGCAAAGAAAUCCUCUGUCUUUGUUUCCUCUUUCUGGUGAU